ACGGAGACAGACGUGAUCACAGACUGACGAUCGAUACUAUUAACUAUAUCAACCGCGUAGUUUUACAAGUCUUUUACACCUUCUUUACAUUAAUAUUGCUGCGGAAGAGAUGGACAAACUCACCGGGAAAAAUUUGACGGUGGUGAACAGCUCUUUAAACAAGUGGUCCUUCAAUGACGGCGGCUCCUUCCAGCAUCUGGACCCCGACGAGCUGAGGGUGCUUGUGCCGUCCAUCUUGGGCGUCAUUUGCGUGCUGGGCGUCACUUGUAACCUCACCGCCGUGGCCAUCUUGUUCGCCAACGCUCACAAGGGCAAACUGUCCCUCAUCAACUCGCUCAUCUUCAACCUGAUAUUCGCAGACGGCCUGGUGUUGCUCUUCAUCAUCCCCUUCCGUGCCGCCUCCUUCUCCAAAGCCGGCUGGACUCUGGGAUGGGCGGUGUGCAAGACGUCCGACUGGUUCCUCCACUCCUGCAUGGCAGCCAAGAGUUUUACCGUGGCUGUGAUGGCCAGAGCCUGCCACCGCUAUGUGUCCAACCCCACCAAGCAGGUCAGCAUCCGCCUGGGCUCCAUCCUGGUGGUGCUCUUCUUCAUCUGGCUGUCGGCGUGCACCGUCACCGUCCCUCACUGGCUCUUCUCCACCUUCCGGCGAGGGCUUCACGGGAUCAUGUGUGUGCUUGUGGUUCCCCCUGAGGCGUUGGAGUUCAUGUCCGUGUACACCAAGGCAUACCCACUAGGGGUGUACUGUGCCCCUCUCAGCUUUGCCCUCGUGUACUUCUGGAAGGCGUACGGCCAGUGCCAAAGACGCUCCAGUAAGACUCAGAAUCUGCGCACACAGAUCAGGUCCAGGAAGCUCACCUUGAUGCUCUUCAAUCUCACCAUCGCCACGGCUAUCCUCUGGCUUCCGCAGUGGGUGGUGUGGAUCUGGGAGCGCCACUCAUCAGCAUCAGGAGGAUCUCAGACUUUUGUCUCAUCCCCUCCUCUUCUCAUCUCCCUCUGCGCUCAGCUGCUCACCUUCUCCCUGUCGCUCAUCAACCCUCUCAUCGUGCUCUCCCUCUCCGAGGAGUUCAGAGAGGGCUACCGCGGGCUGUGGCGGCGCCUCACCCUGCGCAAACAACCUCCUGCAAAGCCCAAACUCGGACCUCACACACCCACAUCCCUCCAGUCGCCAUGCCCCAGACCGGAGACCUCCGGCCAGGCAAGGGCGGAGAGGAGCCCAGAACCAGAGCCGGGAACCAGCAGAGAUGCUCAGCUGGAGCAGAGCGCCGCAGGGAGCAAAGAAGUCGACAAGGAUGGGAUGGUCUUACCUGAUGUGGAGCAGUUCUGGCACGAGAGGGAGACGGGAUCGCAUUUGGAGGAGAACGACCCCGUGCCGUGGGAGCAACAGGACGACCGGGAGAGAAAUAAAUAAUCAUUCUCAGCAUCAACACCAACUCUGAUGGAUGGACUGCUGCACUGUAGUGUGUGUAUGUACAAAAACGUGUGGAAUCAUCUUAAAUGUUCUUUAUUCUACUGUAGUGUCAAUGAAGCAAUGUGGAUGUAAAAAGUCGACAGUUUUUAAAUUAUUCAUAAUCUGGGCUCUCAUCCAUAAAACUGUGCAAGGUACAAUUCACGCUUAAUGUCCGCUUAUGAAGCUUUAUAUAUGAUACUCCUGGUCAGAUUUAAAGUGUAUUUUAAGUGGAAAUUACAUAAGUAGGGAUUCAAUAACAUUUGUAUGUUUGAAUAUUUGCUAUAUUGGUGUACUGUAUCUUAAUACAUAUAUUUGAUAACUUUGGCUAUUUUAGUUUUGUUUAAAAAGUGAAACUAUUGUAUUCUAUAUAGUCAUUACACAAAGGGAAAUUCUCCAAUAUCAUUUUGAUGAUUAUAUCCUAAAGAAAAAAUAAAUAAAUUCAGUGUCUUAUAAAAUUCGAACACUGGUUAAAACGUUUAAUAUAGUAAAUUGUUUGUUCACACUCUCAAAAAAAAAAUCUGAAUAUUAGUAGCUGAACUAUAUAGAAAAUAUUGGCUAGUCCAUGUAUUUUGGACAAAAACGUUCACAUCCAAUUAUACUAUAUAUAUAUAUAUAUAUAUAUAUAUACCUAUGUAUUCAUGUUUUUAAUGAAUACUUAGGCCAGGUGCCGGCAACCCAAAAUGUUGAAAGAGCCAUAUUGGACCAAAAAUACAAAAAACUAAUCUGUCUGGAGCCGCAAAAAAUUAAAAGCCAUAUUACAUACAGAUAGUGUGUCAUGAGAUAUAAAUUGAAUUAAGAGGACUUAAAGGAAACUAAAUGAGCUCAAAUAUAGCUACAAAUGAGGCAUAAUGAUGCAAUAUGUACAUAUAGCUAGCCUGAAUAGCAUGUUAGCAUCGAUUAGCUGGCAGUCAUGCAGUGACCAAAUAUGUCUGAUUAGCACUCCACACAAGUCAAUAACAUCAACAAAACUCACCUUUGUGCAUUCACGCACAACGUUAAAAGUUUGGUGGAUAAAAUGAGACAGAAAAAGAAGUGGUAUAAAACACGUCCUAGAAAGUCUGAGAAAGUUAUAUAAGUAAGCAAACUACGGUGAGUUCAAGGACCGCCAAAAUUAGUAGGACAAAACGGCGCUCGCCAAAUACUUGAAUCAGUGAAGCAUUAUUGGAUAAUGGCUUUUUGCCGAUAUCCAUAUUCCGAUAUGGUCCAACUCUUUAAUUACCAAUACUGAUAUCAACCGAUACCAAUAUCAACCGAUAUAUACAGUCGUGGAAUUAACACAUUAUUAUGCCUAAUUUGGACAACCAGGUAUGGUGAAUAUAAGGUACUUUAAAAAAAAUAAAAUAAAAUAAGAUAAGAUAAAUAAAUUAAAAACAUUUUCUUGAAUAAAAAAGAAAGUAAAACAAUAUAAAAACAGUUACAUAGAAACUAGUAAUGAAUGAAAAUUAGUCAAAUUAAGUGUUAAAGGUUAGUACUAUUAGUGGACCAGCAGCACGCACAAUCAUGUGUGCUUACGGACUGUAUCCCUUGCAGACUGUAUUGAUAUAUAUUGAUAUAUAAUGUAGGAACCAGAAUAUUAAUAAUAGAAAGAAACAACCCUUUUGUGUGAAUGAGUGUGAAUGGGGAGGAAUUUUUUUGGGGUUGGUGCACUAAUUGUAAGUGUAUCUUGUGUUUCUUAUGUUGAUUUAAAAAAACAAAAAAAACAAAAACGAAACAGAUAAUAAUAAAACCGAUACCGAUAAUUUUCGAUACUACAUUUUAGCGCAUUUAUCGGCCCAUAUUAUCGUACAUCUCUAAUGUUUAAUAUAAACAGUGUGCUUUAUAACAAUUAGGGAGGUUUGUGUAAUGUUUGUCCUCCUACAGAAACCAUAUUAAAACCAAAAAUAUUUUUUUCCCCCUCAUCUUUUUCCAUUUUUCAUACAUUUUUGAAAAAGCUCCAGAGAGCCACUAGGGCGGCGCUAAAGAGCUGCAUGCGGCUCUAGAGCCGCGGGUUGCCGACCCCCGACUUAGGCCAACCACUUUACUGUAUUUUAAUGUUGGUCAUUAUGGUGGUACUUGGAUAGCAAAUCGUUUUCUGAGGUGGGACUAAGUGAAAACAGUUUGGGAACCAUAGUAUAAUAUUAUUAAUAUAAGUUAUUAUGUCAUAUCAUAUUAUGAUAAUUAAUAUAAUAUAAUACUAUGCAUAUGUGCAUGUAAUACAAUGUUCUAUAGAAUACAUUCAAAUAGUUCCAAAGACUGAUCCAAAUUGAUUAUAAAAUAUAAUUUUCCAAAUGUAAAAACAUUGAAAAUGUCAAAUAUUUUCAAACACAUCUUACCGACCGUUUUUUCUUCUUCUCCGUCCACACAUUGGCUGAAUACAAUUGAAAAUACUGUGGUCAAGUUUGGGUUUUAACUGUAUAUAUUUUACCAAACAGUGACUACGCUCGCUAUUUACAAUUCAACAUUUAUUUGUGUUUGAGAUGAUGUAAGUAUGGGAAAACAACAUGUUCAUGUAUGUACUAAUUACCAGUGUUUACAAUAAAGUCAUCUUUAACACAACCGUGGCUUAUAGGU